AUGGGACUCCACAAUCCUCUCCCGUCGUCUAUGGCGUCGGAGUGUAAAAAGUGCGGAAGUAUCCUCUCGUCCUUUAUCAAUCCCCGCCAAGCCUUCGGCCCCGACAAAGUAAUUCCCCCGUCCAUCCUCGCCAACGCAAAGGGUCUUGCCGUCAUCACCGUCCUCAAAGCUGGGUUCCUAGGCUCAGGUCGAUUCGGUAGCGGUCUCGUUGUCGCCCGACUCCCCGAUGGAACCUGGAGCGCACCGAGCGCCAUUGCCACCGUUGGUGGCGGUUUCGGUGGCCAGAUCGGCUUCGAGCUCACCGACUUCGUCUUCAUCCUCAACGACAGCUCUGCCGUAAGAACGUUUGCCCAGGCUGGCUCUAUCACGCUCGGCGGCAACGUGUCUCUGGCUGCCGGGCCCGUCGGGAGAAACGCCGAGGCGGCGGGCGCUGCAUCGCUGAAGGGCGUUGCGGGUAUUUUCAGCUACUCCAAGACCAAGGGCUUGUUCGCCGGUGUCUCGCUCGAAGGAUCCGGAAUCAUCGAGCGUCGUGACGCCAAUGAGAAGCUCUACGGUACUCGCUACACUGCCCAGCAGCUCCUGACCGGCUCGGUGUCUCCUCCACCGCAAGCGCAGCCUCUCAUGGCGGUGCUCAACUCUCGCGUCUUCAGCGGCGGCGGCGCAACCGGCAGGACCAGCACCACAGGCGACGCAAUGUACAACGAUAUCCCUGUUUAUGACAAUGCGCACGACGAUGUUGUUUGGGAGGGGCGCCGAGGCAGCGCUUUCGGUGAGGGGGUAAGCCGGUCUAACACUUCAGCCUCCCGUGCCAGCGACCGCUUUGGAGCUCCCCAACGCUCGAGCACAUGGCAGGACGACGUCUACGAUAGACCGGGCGUGACCUCGCCGUCCCGCUCAAACACCUUCAAUGCCCACAACGACAGCGACUACGAGUAUCGGGAUCGCGUCAGCUCGACUAAGAAGCCCGCACCUGGACGACCGACUGCGCCCAAGCCCCAGUUCGGCGCCAACAAGACAGCGAGCCUGAACAAGAACGAAGCCGUUGCUUUAUUCAACUUUGACGCGGAUCAGCCUGGCGAUCUUGGGUUCAAGAAGGGUGAGGUGAUCACUGUGCUGAAAAAGACUGAGAGCGAUAACGACUGGUGGACUGGUAUGAUUGGCUCGCGGCAUGGAAUCUUCCCGAGCAAUUAUGUUAAGAUGAAGGAAUGA